AUGAAGCUCACUUUAUCUUUCGUUUGUGUUGCCAUUGCUUUGCUGCAGAUGACAGCGGCAUCUCCGGUCGUCAAAGAUGUCGAGAAGCGCGCGCAAAAGGCGUUCCCGUAUCUUGUUGCUGAGGACCCCUCUGAUGCCGAGGUCCCCCCCAAUAAGGCAUUCACAAACGUCGCCGCCGAGAAAUCCCGUGAUGUUGCGGACCCCCCUGCGAAAUCAUUCUCAUACAUUGUUGCGGAGGAAGCCCGUGAGGUUGAGCCUCCCAACAACGGUCCCCUCAAGGAGGGCCCCUCCAACGAGGCUCCCCCCAACAACGGUCCCCUCAAGGAGGGCCCCCCCAACGAGGCCCCCCCCACCAAGGGCUCCCCCCCUCCAACACAACAAGGCUCUUUAAAGAAGGCUCUCUAA